AUGGCAACAAAAAGAUUAAAGCUUAAUUAUCUUUCACGAAAUGCAAGAUAUUUUAACACUUCAUUAAUUAAAUCAAAAAUAGACAUAUUAGAAAAUUAUGCCAAAAAAAAUAAAUUACAUAAAUUAAAGAUGGAUGACUUAUUUGAAGUCUUUAAAUUAUCAAAAAAUGAAGAAGACUAUAAACUGUCUUUACAUUUAUUAAAUAUCUACUAUAAUUUUGGAAGAAAUUUAAAUACUCAACAAGAUGUUAAUUUAUUUUUUAUUUUUAUUUUAAGAACUAAACAAUUAAAUGAAGCAAAAGAUUUUUUAAAAUAUUUUAAUGGAUGGUUAUUAUGUCCCCCUUCUAACAAAUAUAUUAUAUUAUGUAUGGAAGAAUUCUUUUCAAAAAAAAAAUUUUAUGAUGUUAGAGAAAUUUUUUCUUUUGUUAGACAAAAUAGUCAAAUAAAAUUAGAAAGUUCUUUUUACACAAUAACAAUAAAAUCAAUGCUUAUGUUGAAAAAUAAUCCUAUUGAAGAAUCUAUGAUAAUUUACGAUGAUUCAUACAAUAUGUCUAUUUAUUUAACAAACGAAGUUCACAAUUUGUUAUUAGAACAUAAUUUAUUUUAUUAUCAUAACACAAGAGAGAAAAAAUUGGAAAAUUCAAGAUCUUUGGAAUUUUACGAGCAAAACAUACGGAAAAUUAUUAUACGACUAAUAAAUGAAUUAAUUAAAAACAGAUCUUCAGUACAACUGUCAUCCAAAAGUUUAAGUUUAUUUGCUUGGGCAAAUAUUUAUUUUGACUUAAAAGAAAUUAUUAAGAAAUCAAAUAAUACUUUCAUUGAUGUUGAAAAAUGCAAUAGUUGGUUUGAUAUUUUUAAAUUGUCUUGUUUGUACAAUCAAAUGCCUCAAUGUUACAGUGGCCCAUUUUCAGAGGCAUUUAAAAAUGCAUUAGAAGAUAUGAAGAACGAUAAAGAUGCUAUUAAAGCAUUAGAAUACGUUAAUAUUUACUUCAAUGAAGAUUAA